AUUAUAUUAUUAUAUGCGUUUCUCUACAGGCCUGAUCAAAAAAUGCCCAGCGAAGUCAUGUGAAGAUAUCAAAGAAAAACGGAAAGAUGCAGCUUCCGGUGUGAACUGGAUUAAACCGGGCGGGGGCCAAAUAGUACAGGCCUACUGCGACCAGGAAACGAAUGGCGGAGGCUGGACAUUAGUGUAUAGCUACACAUUUACAAACUUCCGGGCAUUCAGACAUGACUCAAAUGCGAUUACACCACGUCCAAACUGGCCAAUAUCCAAUCACGUUGGGAAUGUCCACCAAUCAACCACUCCUCCUGUUAGUGAGUUAGAUUACAACGCCAUGGACUUCAACCUGUGGAAGUUUCUCGGCAGUGAGUUCAUGGUGAAAUCCAACAUCAACCACUGGAUCGCAUGUAAAGAAGGAAGUGGAAGUCUGGUAGAAUUCAAGACCGGAAGUGUUCUAUGCCGUAUAAUAAAGAACGUCGCUUCUAAAUGGCAUAAUUACGUCCCCGACAAACUCAUUCUUCAUGCUGCUGGGAAUCCUGCAGGUUCCACCCUUGGCCCAGGUCUGAUACGAUCUCAAAGCAGCUCAUGGCUAAAGGAGUAUUACUACUUCGAGUCUAACACACGCACUGGUAACUGGCCUACCCAUGAGCCUUGUGGCACCAACAGUCUGAACCACCUCACCAAUGUCAUCAACCCUCAUGGAAAUAUCUACAUCCGGUAAUGGCGCGUAUCAUCCGGGUCUUGUGAUGCCUACAAAAUCUUACUAACGUGCGGUAGUUGUGCAAGUUUCAGCUGUUAAGUGAUUAUCUGUGUCAUUGCAAUUUGAGAAAACAGGUGUAUCUUAAAAGAAUAAAUUAAAGUAUAAGGCAUCA